GUGGCCUCCUGUCCUCUUUUAACUCCUCUGCUUUCUUUGUCUGUGUGGUCCGGCCACCCCUCUUCCCAGCUUGGGAUCGCGGAGGGCCCUGCACUAGGGCACCUAGCGGGGACUGGGACAUCCCCGUCUGUGGGCCGGUGGUGGGACCCACCUGUCUCUACAGGCCUUGCUCCCUGAGAAACCGUCACCAGAUACACCGUCGCCAGGACUUCCUGGGGCACCCGCGCUGUUCUGGAAAACUAGAAAAGUUUUCUUUUUGGUCACUCACCACUGGUCCCAUGGCUGCCAUGCAGAUGGAUCCUGAGCUUGCCAAGCACCUCUUCUUUGAAGGGGCCACUGUGGUCAUCCUGAAUAUGCCCAAGGGGACAGAGUUUGGCAUUGACUACAACUCCUGGGAGGUGGGGCCCAAGUUCCGGGGUGUGAAGAUGAUCCCUCCAGGCAUCCACUUCCUCCACUACAGCUCUGUGGACAAGGCCAAUCCCAGGGAGGUGGGCCCCCGUAUGGGCUUCUUCCUUAGCCUACAGCAGCGGGGGCUGAAGGUCCUGCGCUGGGAUGCAGUCCAGGAAGAGGUAGACCUGUCCCCAGCCCCAGAGGCUGUGGUGGAGGCCAUGAGGGCCAACCUCCAGGAGCUGGACCAGUUCCUGGGACCUUACCCAUAUGCCACACUCAAGAAGUGGAUCUCACUAACCAACUUCAUCAGCGAGGCCACAGUGGAGAAGCUCCAGCCCGAGAGUCGGCAGAUCUGUGCCUUCUCAGAUGUGCUGCCUGUGCUCUCCAUGAAGUACACCAAGGACCGGGUGGAGCAGAAUCUACCCCGCUGCGGCACUGAGUGCAAAAGCUACCAGGAAGGCCUGGCCCGGCUGCCCGAGAUGAAGCCCAGACCUGGCACAGAGAUCCGGUUCUCCGAGCUGCCCACACAGAUGUUUCCGGCAGGUGCCACGCCGGCCGAGAUAACCAGGCACAGCAUGGACCUGAGCUAUGCUCUGGAGACCGUGCUCAGCAAGCAGUUCCCCCAAAGUCCCCAGGACGUGCUAGGUGAACUCCAGUUUGCCUUUGUAUGCUUCCUGCUGGGGAACGUGUACGAGGCAUUCGAGCACUGGAAGCAGCUCCUGAACCUUCUGUGCCGGUCAGAAGAGGCCAUGGUGAAGCACCACACCCUUUACGUCAACCUCAUCUCCAUCCUGUACCACCAGCUUGGUGAGAUCCCCGCCGACUUCUUUGUGGACAUUGUCUCCCAGGACAACUUCCUCACCAGCACCUUACAGGUUUUCUGAUCUUACGAACAGUGCUGCCGUGGAUAUUCAUCUGCAUUUCUCCUAACGCUCUUCAAAAAUGUGUUGUGUUCCAGGGUCGGCAUCACCUGGAAACUUGUUAGAAAUGUAGACUCCUCAGCCCUGCCCUAGACCUGCCGAAUCAGAACCUGCCUUUGAACAAGAUCCCUGGGGGAUUCCUAUGAACACUAAAGUUCGAGAAGCAUUGGCCCAGGCUACGUGUGCAGGGUUCUCUUGGGCACACGUAUCCAGGAGUGGAUUUGCUGGGUCACAGUGGUGUUGAAGUACAGAGAGCUGCACUGAUCUACAUCUUUACCCACACUUGGUAUUGUCAGACUUUCUCAUUUUUGCCAGUCGAAUGGGAAUAAAGUGGCAAUUCAUCACUGUCUGGACUUACCUCUCCCUGAUGACUAAUGAGGUCAGGCAACUCGUGUUUACCGGCCAUGUUUCCCUUCUGUGAAAUGCCCUGUUGGUGAUUUUUGCUCUUCUGGGCUCACUCAGCUCUACCCCUGCCUUUGCACUUGCUAUUCUCUCAGCCUGAAACAACUUCCCCCUUCACUGCCCGGUGUCAGUUCUUCCAGGAAGCCCUCCACGACUGCUGCUCAGGCUGUGAGCCUCUUCAGCCUCACUGGCAGGAAAACUUGGUGUCACUGUCCCUUCAUUUCAUCUCCUGGAGGCUCUUCCUCACCAAAGAGAUCGCAAACCUUAUGGCUUGGCCCCCACAGAGUUUUGAUUUUUUUUUUUUCAACUUAGUUCCAUCAUUUAAAAUUUGGAAAAUUUUGUAUUUUAAAAAAUCUGAAAAAUUUUCUAUUUUAAAAAAUCGGAAUUGCUGAUUUAUCUUCAAAAAACAAGAUGUAACCCCACUGGGCCUCUUUUUCUACAUGGCAACAAUCAGCUGGUGCUGAGUAGGGGCUGCCCCUGCCAGACCAUGUGUCACAGUCCCCACACCUCCAUGCUCACCGCCUGCUUAAUGACCUGCCUGGGCUCUGUGAGCAUUUAAGUUUGUGACGCUUGCCUAAGCACACCAGUUGUUUAUUCCUCUAAAUCUCUCCCAUCCUUUUCCUUCUCCCCGUAACUCUGUCUCUGUCCCCCCUCAGGCCUUCACACCUGUCCCCUGGACUGUCACACCAGCCUCCCCACGACCUUGCUUUUCUAGUCUUGCCCCUUCCAGUCCACUGACCAUGUCACAACCCCACUCAAGAACCAACAGUGGCUCCCCAUUGCCUUCCCAGGCAUCUCCUGACUUUCUAAAAAAAAAAAAAAAAAAAAAAAAAGCAGGGACUUCCCUGGUGGUCCAGUGGUUAAGACUCUGCGCUCCCAAUGCAGGGGGCCUGGGUUUGAUCCCUGGUCAGGGAACUAGAUCCCACAUGCUGCAACUAAGACCCAGUGCAGACAAAUAAAUAAAGAAUUAUUUUUAAUUUAAAAAAAAAGCAUUAUUACAUUAUGAAUAUUUCAUGUUCACAACAAAGUCUAGAGAACAGCAUAAGAAACACCCAUGUACCCACCACCCAGCUUAAGAAAUAAACCAUUUCAAGUGUAAUUGAAGCCCCAUUACAUUCCCUUCCCUUUCUCCCUCUGGGUCACUACUCUCUUGAAUUUGCUCUUUAUUACUGCCAUGUGUGUUUUUAUGUAAUACACUUAUAUUACAUAUGCAUGUGUCCCUAAACAAUAUAUAGUAUUGUGGGUUUUCAAACUUUAUAUAUCUGGCAUCAAACUGUGUCUUCCAUCUGCAAUUUGCUUUUUUCAUCCAAUG